CAUCUGAUUAGUUUAAUUACUAGCAGUCACUUUUUCUAAAGACUUGUGUUGUUAAAUUUACGUUUUAGUUUUAUUUCAAAAAAUAAAGUGUAACUAAAGUGUAUAAAUCAAAUAAAUAAAAUGGGUAACAAAUCUUCUCUAUUGUUGCGCCCCGAAGAAAUUGCACAAAUCCAAGAAGAAACUGGCUUUACCUCAAAUCAAAUUGAACGUUUGUAUUCACGUUUCACUUCUUUGGAUCGUGGUGAUUGCGGUACAUUAUCACGUGAUGACUUCUUGCGUAUACCAGAAUUGGCCAUUAAUCCCUUGUGUGAACGUAUAGUUCAUGCAUUUUUCGCCGACAGUACCGAUGAUCGUGUCAAUUUUAGACAAUUUAUGAAUGUUUUGGCCCACUUCCGACCCAUAAAAGACAAAAAGGAAAGCAAAUUGAAUUCCCGUGAAGAUAAAUUGAAGUUUGCCUUUAAAAUGUACGAUUUGGAUGAUGAUGGUGUCAUUAGUCGUGAUGAGCUCUUAAGCAUUUUACACAUGAUGGUGGGUGCCAAUAUCAGCCAGGAUCAACUAAUAAGCAUAGCUGAACGUACCAUUUUGGAAGCGGAUCUCUGUUGUCAGGGUAAAAUUUCCUUUGAAGACUUUUCCAAAGCUUUAGAGCGUACUGAUGUUGAACAGAAGAUGUCUAUACGUUUCUUGAAUUAAGCGAAGUGAAAAUAAAUUUAUUUUAUUACUUACACACAAAAAAAUAUAUGCAAAUAUUUUUCACAAAUAUUGUAAGGCUAUUUUUUAUAAAUAGUAAAAAAAAGUAUUAACUUUAGAACAGUUUGUUUUUAAUUUUUUUUUAGAUUAAUUUUUGUGCAUUAUUUAAGCUUUUUGUUAAAAUUCAAUUCAUUCCGUUUACUAACAAUAGUGUUUGUUGUGUAGAAUUGAUAAAUGGCUUUUUAUAUAUUGGUAUUAAAUAUUAAGUUGUAAACCACUUAUUUUCAAAUAAAAUACGUGCAAAUUAUGUACUUAAA